UGUUGUUAUCUGUGGUUGUGUAUAACCAAUAACCUCAAUGCCUCUCUUAUGGCAUCACAUUUAUUUUUAUAAUUCCGAAAACUGUUGACUUCUCUUGUAAAUAAAUAGUCGGAUAUAAUAGGCAUUAAUAUAAGUAAUAACAGUUUUAUCCUUGUGUAGUUAAUACUGUUAAAAUGGGUUUGCGCUUAUUUGAAAUAUUUUUUGAUAAGCCACAGAAAGUCUUCUCACCUGGAGAAACUAUUUCAGGACGGGUUAAAGUAAUUUUAGACUCGCCUAAGAAAAUUAGGGGUCUAGAAUUUUGUUGCAAAGGGUUGGCUCAUACCAGUUGGUCUGAAUCUGAAACAGUUACUGGUGUAGAUGGUAAAAGAGAACAACGAAAUGUUGAGUAUAGAGGAGAUGAAGAGUAUUUUAAGAUUAAGUAUUAUUUGGUGGGAGGAAAAGAUCAAGAAAUGGAAUUGCCCCCUGGAGAACACAUUUAUCCAUUUGUGUGUGUCUUGCCUCCAGUUUUGCCUUCUUCAUUCGAAGGUUCUAAGGGUUACAUUAGAUACACUGUAAAAGCAACGUUGGAUCGUCCAUGGAAAUUUGAUCAUACUACUGAAGUUGCUAUCACUGUUAUUUCAGAACUUGAUUUAAAUGCUACUCCUCAUUUAAAAGAAACAGUUACCAUGACAUUGGAGAAGUAUUUCUGUUGUUUGUGGUGUAAGUCGGGACCUUUAUUAGUAGAAGUAUUUUUACCUUGUUCAGGGUAUGUACCAGGACAAACCAUAACCAUGAACUGUAAUGUGGAUAAUGCAUCUAAUGUUGACAUUAAUAAGAUUACAUUUACCUUGAAGCAGAAAAUUACUUUUCGAUCAGUGUUUCCUAGUAGACAUACACAUGUCAACCAAACAGAUAUUGCCUUUAAAAGUUAUAGCACUCCUAUUCCAGCCAAGGAAAACAGAAAUUUUGUUGAAGAAAUUAUAGUGCCUUCAAUACCACCCUCAAACUUGACAAAUUGUUCUCUGAUUGAUUUAGAUUAUGAAUUGAAGGUGGAAGCAAAUGUCACUGGACUUCAUUCAAACUUAACUUCAAAGAUUCCAAUAACUAUUGGAACUAUUCCACUUCAGCAAGGUUCAAAUUAUGUUGCAUCAGCUCCUUCAGGUCAUGUAGCAGUUGACAUAAACAAUCUUCCCAAAAACCUCCAAAAUCCAACAAUUGGAUGGGUAGCUCCCACAGUGGGUGAUGCCCCGGUUUAUCCUCCUCCUUAUCCCACUGCUCCUAAUGAUUUACCUCCACCGUAUCCAGCAGAUAAUUCAGGUAAUCAAUCUAACAAUUUUUCUACAGAUCCCGGUUUUAAGCCUUUAUACCCUGUCUAUACAUUUCCAAAUGCACCAAACUCGUAAAAAUGAAAAAUCAUGCUUUAACUUUUUAAACGUCGUUAGUAAUCUGAAAAAGCAUGCGGUUUUGUUACAGAAGUAUUUUGCACUCUUUAUAUUAAGCACAAUCUUUAGUGUAUCGUCGAAUAAGUAUUUUUGUAUAUUGUUUUUACUACAGAAUUUUUAAGUGCCUUGAACGUUCUAGUUUUAACGCAAAUAUGGGGGUCACUCGCGCGAAUGAUAGUUUAAUUGCAGUUUCAAAUUUCGUUGUAAAUUAUUUGCUCAAAACGAUUUAUUUUAAAUUGUCGGUUAUUAAAUAAUUUAAAUCCACAUAUACUAGUCAACAAUUUAUUUGUAGUUAAAAAAACAUGAACAAGAUCAUAUGUCUUUAUAUUAAUUGUUUGUCGAAAAAUGAAGCUUGCCUCGAAUAUACUCGAUAUGGCCUAAUUAGUAUUUGCUGCUGCUGCAAUAGGAUUGUGAUAAAAAAUGUGUAUGAGCAUAAUAAUUAUUUUAUCUAAUCUAUAUUUAAUAUUGCUUCAGUAGUAUUACAGUGUAAAUGAAUGUCUUUGUUUUUA